GGACCCCGGGUCCGCGGGUUCGCGGCUGAGCCCGCCCCGCACCGGCAAUGGCGGCGGCGCCGGCGCUGGCGGCGGGCGAGGAGCGGGGCGAGCCGAGCCCCGAGGAGUUCGUGUACGGCGAGGAGGAUUUCGUGCUGCAGCCGGCCGGCUGGGACGACCCGGACUCCGCGCCCUCCCGCUUCGACAGGGCGCUGCUGGCGGGCUGGAGCGACCGUAUGGAGCGGGGGCUGUUCCGGUACCGGCUCGGGCCGAUGCCCACCCGCGUCCUGCCCGGCCCCGUGCGCCUCGUGGCGCAGCUGAACGAGCAGCGCAGCGCCGAGCGCCGCCCACCGCAGCCCGUCCGCAGCCUCCGGGACCCCUUCGACCCCGACGCCUUCAACUUCACCCGGCUGCGCCCCGCCGAGCUGCUGCUCCGCCUGCGCCGCGCCGGGGGCCCGGGGCCGCCGCCCGACCCGCUGCUGGUGGCCAUCAACGCCAGCCCGCUGGAGCGGGGCCACGUCCUGCUGCUGCCCGAGCCGGCGCGGCGGCUGCCGCAGGCGCUGACGGCCUCGGCGCUGCGCGGGGCGCUGGAGGUGGCGCUGCUCAGCGCCCACCCGGGAUUCCACGUGGGCUUCAAUGGGCUGGGCGGCGGAGCCUCGGUGAACCACCUGCACCUGCACGGGCUAUACUUGGGUCGCCCGCUGCCGCUGGAGGCGGCGCCGGCUGAGCCGCUGGGGCCGCGCCUGGGACUGCUCCGCGCCGGACCGGCCACCGCCUUUCUCUUCUUUGCCGCUGGCCCCGCGGCGCUGGAGCCAGUGUCGCGGGACGUGUGCCGGGCAGUGGAGCACCUGGGCGGCGCUGGGCUGGCCUGCAACGUGCUGGCCACGCGGGGCGACCCCCCGGCGGGGCCCGGCUCCAGCAGCGACCGCGGGCUGCGGGUGUUGCUGUGGGCGCGCCCGCCCCGCUUUGGCCCCAAGGCGGGCGAGCCCUUCCCCGUGGCGGUGUGCGAGCUGGCGGGGUUCCUCCCGCUGCCCGCCCCUCCGCUCUACCAGCACAUCACCGAGGCACAGGCCCUGAGCGCCAUCCGCCAGCACCUACUGCCCGAGCCCGAGCUGCUGCGCCUCGGCGGACAGCUGGCACGGCUGCUGGAGAGCUGACGGCACCGGGACCGAGAC